AUGAAAUACGUUCUGGUUUCCGGAGGUGUCAUCUCCGGCGUGGGCAAGGGCAUCAUUGCCUCCAGCACCGGUCUCCUGCUCAAGACCACCGGUCUGGCCGUCACCAGUAUCAAGAUCGACCCUUACAUCAACAUCGAUGCGGGCACAAUGGCACCUACUGAGCACGGUGAGGUCUAUGUCACAGACGACGGCGGUGAAAUGGACCUCGACCUUGGCAACUACGAGCGCUACCUCCUCUCCUCUCUCUCCCGCGAUCACAACAUCACCACCGGAAAGGUCUACCAGCACGUCAUCAACCGCGAGCGCAUUGGCCAUUAUCUCGGUAAGACCGUGCAGGUCGUGCCCCACGUCACCGAUGCCAUUCAGGAGUGGAUUCAGCGGGUAGCCAAGAUCCCCGUCGACGAGUCCAAGGCCGAGCCGGAUGUCUGCAUCAUCGAGCUGGGUGGUACCGUCGGUGACAUUGAGAGUGCCCCGUUCAUCCACGCUCUGAGCCAGCUCCAGAGAAAGGCGGGCAAGGGCAACUUUGUCCAGAUCCACGUCUCCUACGUGCCGGUCAUCCCGCCGGGACCUGGUGGUGAGCAGAAGACGAAACCCACGCAGAGGGCAAUCAGCGAUGUGCGGAGUGCUGGUCUCAACCCCGACCUGAUUGCUUGUCGCUGCGAGCAACCUCUGGAAGAUAGCACCAUCCAGAAGAUCGCCAAUAUGUGCUCCGUCGAGCAGCACCAGGUCAUUGCCGUUCACAACGUCACGACGACAUACCACGUGCCUAUGCUCCUCGAGAAGCAGAAGCUUAUCAGCACCAUCACCGAUAUGCUCGACUUGAAGUCGAUCCCGCAGACCCCUGAGCGCAAGGAGCAGGGCAGCCGCAUGUGGAACGACUGGUGCGAUCUUGCUCGUGGCCAGGACUUCCUCCACGAUUCCGUCUCCAUUGCCCUGGUUGGCAAAUACACUUCCCUUCACGAUGCCUACAUCAGUGUCUCCAAGGCUCUGGAGCACGCGGCCAUGUACUGCCACAAGAAGGUUCAGAUCAUCUGGGUCGACUCGUCGCAUCUGGAAGAUGACACCGCCUCCCCGGCCGAUUACCACAAGGCCUGGCACGCGGUCUGCACGGCCGACGGUGUCCUGGUGCCCGGUGGUUUCGGUAACAGAGGUACUGAGGGUAUGAUGAAGGUCAUCACAUGGGCGCGUACCAACAACAAGCCGUUCCUGGGUGUCUGCCUGGGUAUGCAGCUGGCCGUGCUGGAGUUCUGCCGCAACGUCGCCAACGUUAAGGAUGUCGGCAGUGAGGAGCUGCACCCGAAGGCCGAGAACCACGCCAUUGUCUACAUGCCCGAGGUCGACAAGGGCAAGCUCGGUGGAACCAUGCGUCUUGGCAGACACCCCUGCGUCUUCCAGGAGAACACCGAGUGGUCUCGUCUGCGGAGUCUGUACGGACCCUCCGUCUCGCAGAUUGAGGAGCGCCACCGCCAUCGCUACGAGGUCAACCCUGAGAUGAUCGAGCAGAUCGAGAAGGCCGGUCUCUCCUUCAUUGGAAAGGACAUCAAGGGUGAGCGUAUGGAGAUUGUCGAGAUCAAGGACCACCCCUGGUUCGUGGGUGUGCAGUUCCACCCCGAGUACCUCAGUCGGGUCUUGAGCCCCAGCCGGGCUUUCCUCGGUUUCUUUGCCGCCGCUGCGGGAUGCCUCGAUGAGGUCUCCAAGGCAGUUGUGCAGGGUCAGCGGAGCAUUGGCCGCAAGCAAUAG